AUGAGCGGCGUUGCCGGGGGCCGCGACCAGCGCGCAAGCAGCGAGACGGAGAUCGAGUGCGACGAGCUGCAGCCCAUGGGCGAGGAGGAGGCAGGAGCGGGCUGGCGGAGGCUAGUCAAGCUCCCACCACAGCCGUCACUGGCGCCCCACGCGCACUCGACGCUUGCGGGCCACGUCAUGUACAAGCUCGCCGUACGCAUGUCAUCGCACCACGAGAGCCGGCUGCUACAACACAUUUCCCGCUCCAUUUUAAGCCGAGGAACAAACAAGCAUGGGGAUAGGAAGCCGAGUUUCCUUUUAGAAAUGGACCCGGACAUGGUCGAUUCCAGCCCACAAGCCAAGUCGAUGAAGACCGUCAGAAGCUCCAUCCCAGGACUUUGGAGGAUAGAAGACGGCGCCAGUCGCAGACAAAUGGACCCUGACGCUGCAGCAUACCCUGAGACUGCUGGACGACCCGCUUCUGCGGCCUCAGCUGCUGGCGCAUCUUCAUCUUCAUCAGGUACCGGCUCCAGUAUCUUGCCGCCGAUGCCGCCGCUUGUAUUCUCGCCGACCAAAGGAAAAUCACAGAAACGUGCUCGCAGCAUGACGCUCGAGCAGUACUCAGAUUGGAAAUAUUGUGGACUACGUCCAGGUCUUUCCGUGCGGGUAGUUCGAUGCGAGACUGUGAGCUCCAUGCCUGCUGUCACCGAAUAUGUGCUGCACGUUGUGGAUCUACACACUCGUGUAUUCUGGAUCACGAAAAAGCGCUUUAGCGACUUUUACUACCUUCGACGCAAAGUACGCGGCAUGGUCCGCCGCGCGCCAGAAGCCGACGAUGAAGAGAGGGAUUAUUUACGCUUCCUACUGGACCUUCCCUUCCCGCGGCGACGAUUUCGACCAGCCAGCACUGCAGCAAUUAGUCGCGGCUUGUGCGAGAUCGAGGUCUUUUUGAGAAACCUGGCAGCUUUAGAGCCAACGUCGCGCUUGCAACGCAGCAUUUUGAUGGAGCUGCAGCUGGAGAUGUGCUCUGCAGAGUUUGUGUCUUCGUUGGAGAAGAUUGACACGACAGGGGAACCGAUUGAGCCCAAAUGGCUGAGCUACGAUCUGUUCCGUCGCCUUAACUGCGAAGGAGCAGUGGAAGGUAGUACGUGCUACCAGUUCUUACAUGCAUUCCGUAACCGCGCAGCAACGGUUGAAACAGCCGUGUGCUCUGAAUGCAACAAGUUUGAGGGAAUUGCGCUGGCAGCAGCGGCCGUCAAGGACCUGCGGAAUACCGUGACGAGCAUUGAAAAGUACAUUUCAGAGAAUCUGGACCCGCAGUACGCCGAUACGUUGUCGUUACUGGAUCAAAGUGUCGAUGUGUCGUCUGUGCUGGACGACUGCGUGUUCCACGCGGUGGAGGACACCAUUUUGGUACCACUCGAGAAACAGGUGAACUUCCUCGUGGGCUGGACGGUGGAUAAAGAGGCAGAACUGCGUCUGGCGCGCAAUAUUGAGCGCUUGAAGUGCCGAUCUCAAACUGAGAGUGGUAUCCCAGAGCACUUACAGUCCGACGAGGACUGGGGGCUAUCGUGCCACCAUCUGAGCAUGAUUGACGAGCGAACGCUACCUAUGGACAAAAUUCAGGAGCUGCUGCGUGCGGCACUGGAGAUUUUUAAGAGCUGCGGCGAGAAGAACUUGGAGUGGCGAGAGAACUCGGCUUUGACUGCAGACGACUACCUCCCCAUCCACAUCUAUGUUGUUGUGAAGAGCGGACUGAAGCGACCGCUAGCUACUAAGGAGCUGCUGGGCGCUAUGAUUCACCCGUCAUUGAUGUUGGGCGAGGUGGGCUACUUCCUCACCAUGUUUGAAGUCGCACUCAAGUACAUUGCCGACAUGUAA